AUGACCACCCCUACUCAACGUCCUAGCUACAAGUCUUCCAGUAGUACUGGACCUUCCGGAUCUUUCCUACGCCAGCUGCUUGACGGAAUAAGGUCAGAUGCAAGUCAAGAAGGCGUCGUCGCGAUCAAGACCAACACGAGUCCUGAGGAUUCCCACGAUGGGACCAAUACAGCGCCACGCCUGCGUCCGUCACUCAGUCGCCUGAAAAUCCCAUCCUCAAGGUUUAUCACUCGUCCAGCUGCUAUUGGAGAGGAUCUCGCCCAACUCAAGUCACCAUUAAUGUUCUGUGAAUCUGAUAUCUCCUCCACACCCUCCCCUGACGAGCCCCCAACCUCAGGAUUGACUGCAUCUUCGAACGACACGACGCUUCCAACGUCUGCCUCGACUGUGGGUUCGACGGAUACCACGAUUGUGCCGCUUCCAACCUCGGCAUGGGCCUUGGCUUUGACAGAUACUGCCACUGCGCCUGGAUCGCUAUCUAAAGAAAUGCGCACCCUGACCCUGCCCGAGACACGUAGCCAAUUUAACACAACGGAGGACAAAUCACACAACUCUCUGGCAAAUCGAGGCUUUUCUGGCAACAACAGGCGUGUAAUACGAAAUGCCGCUUUCAUCGAGAGAGCACCUGUCCCACCUCACAAGAUCUACUCUCCUGAGAAACAGCCCCCCGAACUUUCCUCUUUCCGCCCUGAUAUUGCCACACCAGAGGGACUCGCCCCUACCUCAGCUGCUCGAGCCACAACUCCAGUUCGACAUACAGCGCGCCGAUCCUCAUCUGCCAGUCCGGAACCGCCUGAGACACCGAGCUUUCUGAGACCACUGCACCUGUGUUUCUACGUGCUCAUCAUCUGGUCUGGAGUUCAGCUUUGCCUAAUCGUUCUAUUCGUGCCUGAAACGUACCACCCCGUUCUCCUCCGUCGGAAGGCUAUUCGACUGCGAAAAGAAACCGGCAACCCAGAGUGGAUAGCGCCCAUUGAGAAGAUGGACAGAUCUAUUGCCAAAACCGUACUGUGGUCAUGCAUCCGCCCAUUUCAACUACUAUUUUUCGAGCCUAUGUGCUUGAACCUGUGCAUUUUGUCUGCCAUUCUUUUGGGCAUCUUGUACCUCUUCUUUGGCGCCUUUCCGCUCGUAUUCGGAAACAACCAUGGCUUCAGCAUAUCGCAGACUGGACUUGCAUUCCUAGGCCUGUUGGUUGGCAUGCUCGUGGGUAUAUCCACGGACCCUAUCUGGAGAAGGAUAUACGGCAGGCUCGUGCGGCAGCGCGAAGAGCAAGGAGGCGAGCCCGGGGGGUCGGAACCUGAGUUUCGGCUGCCUUCAACCAUUAUUGGGGCUUGGGUCGUCCCUGUCGCACUCUUUGGUAAGCUUCGGCAUGACUUUGAACCGGACAAGCCUCUAAUCACAAGUAUGCAGGGUUUGGGUGGACAACAUACUCAUCAUGUCAUAUGGGUUUAUUCUGGGGUCUUCACAUUCUUGGUUGAAGCUGUAAGUUACCACGUACCGAUAUCGGACCAGGCUCUUGGAUACAGAGAUAGUAACAUCGCCGAACAGUACCCUGUCUAUGCUGCAUCAGCUCUUGCGGCCAACAGCUUUGCGCGGUCGUACUUUGCUGCGGCUUUCCCACUAUUUGGUGUUCAGAUGUACAACAAUCUCGGCUACCAAUGGGCAACUACUCUACUUGCGUUCCUGGCACUAGCAAUGGCACCGUAA